ACGUGGGUCUAGAUAAGCCAAUCGGCUGCCUCUCGGUUCAGUGUCGCCGGUCUUGCGGUCACUUCUCAUGCGUGUGUUCGUGUGCCUGUGGUGAGCCGGUGUUGCACCUGUUAUUCGGCGACAGAAGAUACGCUCGGCACUGCGUAGUCAAGGUGUAGGGGGGUGGUGCGAUGGAGCUGGCCCUGUGUGCGGCUGCCAUCUUUCUGGUGUCGUUGGUGGUGGUGUACUUCGUGUCGGUGUUUGGCACCCGCCAGAAGACUUACGAGGAGGCUCUGGCCGAGGCACGCCGGCGAUCCCUGGAAGAGGAUGCUGCCCUUCAGCAGGCCCGGCAGCACCAGAAGAGGGACAGUGCCAACAAGAAGGUCAAGGGCCGCUGGGGCCGCACCAAAGUGAAAGAGUGCCCGACAGAACCCGAGAUCGGUGCCUCGACGGCAACGAAUGAGACCGCCGCAGCCCGCCCUCCUUCACCCCAGCAGGGGACGGUCCAACACACGCCCGAACACGUGGAGUUUAAGGAGGAGGCCGAGGUGGUGCUGAUUCCCAAGGAGGAUGACGAGCUGCCCUGCGAGGCCGUGCCACGCCCAUCGCCCGUUGUUCCCCCGGUGCGCAACAGGCGGCCCCAGAAGCCGAUCCUGGUGCACAAGCCGCCACCACCCGAACCUCAGGAGCCGGCUGCACAGCCGGUGGCACCCCCAGUGCCGGAGCCGUCGCCCAAGCCUGUGCGCCGCAACUCCUUCAAGGACAUCAUUCCCAAGGAUGAAAUUGAGCUGAAGCACCUGCAGGAGCAACAGCAGCAAAAGGAGGAGAUGACCGCAGCACCACCACCGCCCUCACCACCCAACUCGACAGCUGCGGCUGCCAAGGGCUCCCCACUCCGCGAGAAGCCUCCGCGCAGCCGCAAAUCGAAGGGCCAGGACUGCUCCACCCCUGCAAGUGGGGAUGCAGUGGGGGUGGUGUCUCGGGAGGUGUGUGCCAGGGAGCUGCUCUCCCUGGUGCGAGGGAGCAGUCGCUUCACGGCCGAGCAGGAGGAGCUGGAGCAGCUGGUCGAGGAGCUGCUCAACCGGGCGGGACAGCCCGGAGGCGAGUGGCGCAAGCGUGGCCCGGACCCCGAGGCACACCUGCGCCGCCUGCUGGCCGAGCGAGAGCGAGACCUCGAGGCUGAGCGCCAGCAUGCGCUCUCACAUGCCACCAAGGUGAAGGAGUUGAGACAGGAGCUGAACCAGCAGCUGACCAGGGCACAGCAGCAGGAGAGGAGCUUGAAGGCGCAGCAGAAGCUGACGGAGGAGCAAGCAGCGCAACUGCAGAGGCUGCGGGAGGAGUCGAGGCAGCUGCAGCAGAGGGUGCAUCAGCUUGAGACCGAGCUGCAGCAGGCGUCGGCAUCGGUGUGCGAGCGUGUGCGGUCGAGGGAGCAAGAGCUGGAGCAGGCUCAUCACGAGGCCCUGGAGCGGGAGCGGCAAGAGGCGGAGGCACGGCUGGCGCAGGCGCAGCAGCAGGUGCAAGCGGUUGAGGCCACCUGUGCCCAGCUUCGGCAACGGCUCGACCAGGAGGCACAGAACCUGGCUGCCCAGAGGAACGCCUCCGAGGGCAAGGUGAAGGAGCUGAGCAAGGUUCAUCAACUGGAACUUGAGGCGGAGCGGACGGAGCACCAACGACGCCUGGGCGCGCUGGAGCAGCGCUGCCAAGAGCAGGGCCACCUGGCCGAGGAGCUGCGGCAACGCCUGGCCGAUGCCGUGCAGACACACAGCCGAGAGGUGAGCGAGCUGUUGCGCAAGAAGGCAGAGGCGGAGGCAGCGGCUGAGGGUGCUGAGCAGCGGCUGGCACAGGCACACGAGGCUGCUGUGCAGGAGCUGCGACAGGAACUGGACGACCAGCGGGCCAAGAACAAUGACCUGCGCACCAAGAACUGGGAGGCUGUUGAGGCCAUGCGGGCAGCUGAGCGCAAGGCCGAGGCAAAAGAAGCAAGUUUGACCAAAAAGCUCGAGGAGCUCAAGGCCAGCCACACCAAGGAGGUUGAGAGUGUACGGCAGCGAUUAAUAGACGAGCAGCAGAAGAAGGAGCGGGAGCUUCUAGAGCGCCUCCUGCCGGCCGUCAAGGUGGAUGGGGGAUUAAGCCAUGCCGAGUGGCUGGUGAACUUUGAGAGGGAGCUGCAUCAGUGGCAGAAGUGGCAGCAACAGCAGCAGCAGCAGCAGCAGCAGCAGCAGCAGCAGCAGCAACGGGGCACGGGCGACCACCAGCCACUGUCGGCCUCCACGCAGUCCCAAACCAGCGGAGUUGCGGAAGAUGUGGAACGCCUGCAGCAGCUCACUCUGGCCAAUACCAAGCUGGACAAGGAGGUGUCCCACUACAAGCAGGUGCUGUCCCAGACCGAGGACAUCCUGCAGAAUCUUCAGCGAUCGGUCGAGGAGGAGGAGAAGCGUUGGCACGAGAAGGAGGAGGGACACCACAAGGAAAGGCUACUCUGGCAACAGCAGCUUGCCCAGGCCCAGGCUGAGGCAUCGCAGCGGAAGAAUGCAGGUCCGACGGAGCGGGAGAAGCAGCUGGAGGAGCGCUGCGCGGCCCUUGAAGCGGACCUCCGGCAACUGCACGGACUCCAGGAGACGACGUCCGAGGUAUGUGGCGUGCAGUUUGCCUUCUCCUGCAUUGAGCGGACAUUGCCCAGCAUAGUGAACGAGAUGCAGGCCAAGCUGAAGGAACUGCAGGCCAAACUGCAGGACGAGGAAGGUGAGAAGAAGCUGCUGGAGCAGAAGUACGACGAGGAAAGCCGAAAUGCCCAGGAUGUAAGGACACACCUGGAAAGCAGGGUGCGUGAGCUUGAAGGGACCAAGCUGAUGAGGGAUGACUAUGACCGCCUGAAGCAGGAGCUGGCCGAAGUGAAGGCACAGCUCGCGGAGGCCCGCCGGGCAGCGGCCAAGGCAGAUGAGGAAUCGUCAACCAAUCACAGCUCGUUGGCACAAACCCAGUUGUCUACAAGUUCACCUACCAAGGCGGUGCCUGACGCUGUAUCUCCGGCCACCAAUGGUCCCUCAGCCUCACCAACACCUGCAGAAAAGGAGAAGGACGACAAGCUGGAGUGCUCUGAGCUGGGCACCAUUGCACGUCCGUCGGGUGAUGCGCCCUGCUCUAAAAACACUAACAGCAGCCGAACUAAGAAGCGGGUGCGGUUACGGCUGAAAUUUUGGAAGAAGAGCAAAAAAUGAAGCGCCGUUGGAUGCCAGCUGUCUGUGCGCCCCCCUGUCGGCUGAUGGCUCAUCGAACAAGAAGUAGAGGUCCUCCCAAGCAAAGCCAUGUCCCAGCACACAGUCGCAGCGCUUUAUUCCCGCUUUGUGUAAAGUGGUGACACUGGCCUGGGACCACUGAUGCAGCAUUCCCAAGCUUCCUUUAUUUUUUACUCCCCAUACUGUUUUGUUACUUGUUGUUGUUGUUGUUCAAGUGCCGGAAGCCCACAGGUUUUGUGCCCUCAUAUCCAGAGCUUUUUUUUUUUUACCUCAUGCCUGUUCUUUUUGCUUUUGUCACAUCAAUUUGUUUAUAAUGUAAGCUCUUUGCAUAAAAGUUCUACACAGUGUGCUUUUCUAGGGUGUUUUUUUUUAUUUUUCGGUCUGUCGCUGCCCCUGUUCAUUGCAGGAUGCGUGCAUAAUUGGAAUACUCCUCUGUAGAUCUCAUUUAAUUAAUUGGCUAACUUUCCUGCUGUACCUCGAGCACAAACCCUGGGGCAAAAUGUAACUGGUGGGUGUGUUAAACUGCCUUUGCAGUUUGCUUCUUGCAAUUUGCCUUUGGAGUGCGCACAAUUGCUUGAGAUUAACACAACUGUUGCUUUAUAGCAGCGCCAUGCUUUGGGCACCUUGCUAUGCUGGAAAGCGUAAUUCGGUGUUACUGCUGCUCUGCAAAGACGUAUUAUUAAUUUUGUGCAGUCAGCCAUUGUAGAGGGUCAUCGGUGUUUUAUUUGUUAAAGAGAACCACCUACUAAUGAAUUUUCUAGAAAAUGUUCUUAAAUGUUUUUCUUGAGGUAUUAAAAUUAUUCUCUUAGGCGCAUCGAGCAAUGAGACUGUUGAAAAUUAUUUUAUUCAUAUGAAUCAACCUAUUAAUGUAGUUACUUGCAUCACUGUUCACAGCUGGCAACUGGGAGCACUGUAAGUGCGAACUACUGUAGCCAGUAAGCAAGCUGGGUUGAUGUUUGCUUUAAAAGUGUGUUGUAGUCAGAAAUAUAUAAAAGGGAAACGGUUCAGCAUCAGAAGUUCUGUCUGAUACACUUUUUGCACACUGAAAAAUUCUGGAGCAGCAUUUUAAUUUAGCCAUGGAAAGACAGUUCAUUUUAAUGCCACAAGACCUAACAUUCUAGAUACACUGCUGAAAACUUAAUGGUGUGGCUAUAAUAGCAUUUCUGAUAGGCUGCUGGAUGCUUUCCCUGUGGGUAGUUGCAUUUAUGAUUUUUCGCAAUGUUUUCCUCUAAUAAUGACCAUAAAGUAUGAAGAAGUUGAUGUGUAAUUGUGCUUAGGCUUCGUGGGUUAAAGCAAUAAUUAUGGUAGAGACAGAAUCGCCAUAGUUUGGAUUGGAGAGAGCUAAAGGUCGCAGCUAAUACUUUCUAGAUGAAAGGGAGGUGCAUGCAAGGCAGAGUAUAGAUUAGAUAACCGGCAGCCUAAGUAGAAUGGGAAGUGUGAUUAGAUUAAGAAAUUUGGAUGCAUAGGAAGGAUACAGUCGACUGAGAUUCUAUCUCAGUGUGCACAACACAUGAAGUGCCCGAGAAAGUUGCGUGUUCGUGAGUGAAAUCUUUAGCCAGAAAUUUUUUUCAGGCUGGGUGAAAAUGUACAAACCUGCAUGCUCUGCGUAGUUCAGCUUUGAAGUGUUUGUAAACAGAAUACGAGAGACAUUUUCGUGCAAACACACGGUGGGGGGCACGCAUUGCAACGAGAAGCCUCAUCAUGUGAGCAGAGGAAUGCACUGUACUCUAGUUGUGGAGCAGAAUGCAUUGCAGUUCCGAUAAAUGUUUCUCUGACCUUUGCUUUAUCUCACUGAGUGAAUAUUGUGGCUGGAGCACCAAUGUAUUUUGCAUUUCUCAAAACUUGUGCCAGGAAAGUAUUUUCAGUCAGUUGGUAUGCACUGUGUCCUGGCUUUAAUCUUCCCAUUGCAACAUACCCUCUGUAGUUGCAAAAGUUCAUAAACCUAUAGUCGGAUACAACUGAAGAAGACAGGAGAGGCCCUGCCAAGACGACCGAAGUGCGGCAGCCGAUCGCCUUCGCGACUAAAGAAAUAGUCCCACUCGUGCACGCGCCGAUGUUCUCCGAAGGCGGAGCCGCCGGCCGUCCCGCUCAUGACGUCAGUCCCGAGUGCGCGCCCAUUGGUGCACGCUUGUGUUCAUUCGCCUUUGAGUAAGGAAAUGCCGCUGCCUUCUAAAGUUGUAUCCGACUACACUUAUUUAUUCCACUCGGAGAAGUGGUCAGCAGCUAGAUAUGAAAUGCACUGGAACACAUCGGCAUAAAAAAUACGAUGUGCCAUAGUUGCUGUUUUCGAAAAUUGCAAAGUCUUAGCUAGAACUUCCUUAUAUGGGCAGAACGCUUGGGUACCAUGUGACACAGGGCUGUUGCAUGUGUAUUGCACACGGUGGGAAUUGAGAAUAACAAUACUUAUCAGACACUGCUUUUGAUUGCUAAAGUAUACAGCUGUCAGUACACUUCCUUACCUUUUGCUGAAAGAUGCUAGCUGUCAACCACCAUAUUAGCCGUGUUUUGAGUGUAAAGUUUGCCACCGGAACUUUCAUUGAUGCUGCUGCAUUUUAAUACGUUAGAAACCUGAAAGGGCCGUUCUGCUCAUAUUUCAGUGCAGGUUGUCAGAACACAGCCCUGUACCUUAUACUGCAUUAUUUCUGACCACGUUUUCAUUUUGUAGAUUGUUUUUUUUUUUGUGGCAUUGCAUUUAACCUUUGCACAAUACCUUUUUGAUGGGCUGAACAGUCUUGCAGAAUUUAGUUGUACCUUAUGGUUGCUGGAAACGCUAUGCUAACUGCUGUGACAUCUGCAUAAGCAUAGCAGUGAACAUAACUUAUCUGAUCCUGGUGCUUUACUUGUCCAGUCAGCAAACUACUCCAUUAGCCAGUAUCAUGUAGGCAGGUCGUUUCAGCAGUCUUUGUUUAAGGUGCAAAAGGGAUUGCAUUGCCAAAAAUGCAGGUGCUUCCAUGUUAGCACGAAACGAUGCACUCUUUGGAAGCCCAGCUCUGCCAUCUCUAUUUGUCCUGGUGGUUUUCCCCAUUCAUGAACGACAUUGAGAACAGUGGACAGCAAGAAUCACAUUUUGGUCAUGCCACUUGGCCUGUGUGCAUGUUCUGUGUUGGUCUUUCUACGGUUAGGUGUCGCAGGGCAUGCCCAAUGUCCUGCUGCUAUGUGGUUUGCCAUGUCUAAGCAUAUACCGUUUCUACAUGCCUUUUGGGCAUCGUUUUGAGUGGAGUCUGUUCAGAGAAGCUAACAGGGGACAAGGGGCGGGGAGAUGGGAGGGGCGCAACAUUUUCAGUCAAUAGUAGCUAAAUAGGUUUUAAAUGCACAGAAAUAUACAUGUUCAAAAGGGGGCGUAUACAUGAGCAUUGCACUAAAAGUGCUCAUUUUGUCUGCUCUGCUGUUACGUUUCGAAAAGUGGACUUUUCUUAUUCAAGGUUGCAGCCUUGGAGAAAAGUCCGCUUCUCGAAACGUCGGCUCCAGCAACACCCCGUGUUCGCGAAUUUUUCAUCUCUUCAAGCUUCCACCUUCCCCUAAACUUCUGCCUUUUCUUUUUUUUUGAUAGCAAAACGUGAUGUAACACAAUCUACACCACAUUUAAAGCUGUUAGAAGCUGAAGCCCUCAGUUGCGGAUGUUGCAGCCAGGCCUCAAGCUUAGGCAGCAUUGUAUGAAAAGUGCCCAGUGGCUAAAGUAAAAUUGCUUACCACAGCUAAUUGCUGCAGAGGUUGUUCAGGCUGUAAUACAUUUGGUGAGGUCAUUUGUAAACUGAGCAACACUUCCAUUAACAUUGCUAGAACAUUUUGACUAGUUUGUGCUGCGCUCUAAUACUUGGUGUUGUCCAUAUGAGCUCUGUUGAUUGAACUGCUCAUUGCUUAACUUAGAGGCGUCAACAUUUUGCUAGAACAAGGCGUUAACGAGCAUACUUCAAAAUUCUCAUGUCCUUUGUAGUUCUUCCCUUCCUCUGCUUGAAACAGUGCUGCUUGAUGGCUAUAUGGAUUGGAGGUUACAUUGGCAGUGACAUGUGGUGUGUGUGCGUGUGCGUGUUUGUGUGCGUGGGUGAAAAAGUAUGAAAGGCAAUUUUAGACUGAUGCUGGCAAAGCUACUCGUUCAUGCUGUUGGAAAAGCGGAAAUAUAUGCUAAUAAACAGAGUACGAAACUA